AGUACAAUUGCCUGCCGUGACAUUGAAAGGUUUAAAGCAGGGUUUUUUUUUUUGUUUUUUUAAACUUGGCCACCAAGAUGGAUAAACUUCAACUUCCAGAAUUCACACGUCUUAAAAGCGUCCAGGUCUGCAAAAUGGCAGAAAGACCUAUGUGGGAGCAAAUUGGAACAAGUUUUGUACAGCUGUAUUAUCAACAGUUUGAUACCAAUAGGGAACAAUUAGGUGCCCUUUAUACAGAUGCUUCCUGUUUGUCUUGGGAAGGUCAGCAGUUCCAAGGAAAAGCUUCAAUUAUGGAAAAAUUGAUGACGCUUCCUUUCCAAAAAAUUCAGCAUAAUAUAACAUCCCAGGAUCAUCAACCAGCUCCUGACAAUUGUAUCCUUAGUAUGGUUGUUGGCCAAUUGAAGGUGGACAAUGAUCCAGUAAUGGGAUUCCACCAGAUGUUUGUUCUCAAAAACAUGAAUGACAAAUGGGUUUGUUCUAAUGACAUAUUUAGGUUGGCUCUGUAUAAUUUUGCCUGAAAUAUCUGCUCUUGGUUUACACACUACAAAUAUCAUAUUAACGUUGGCUUUAAGUGUGUCUGAAUUGUUUUCUUUCUGUAACUGCAACUGAAAAGCAUUUAUCUCCUAUUAAUUGAAAUACUUUAAAAUAGUUGCAGUAUUACACGUCCUUUAAUGUAAAACAUUUAAUACUUUAUAAGAAAAUAGUUUGUCCAUUUUAACUGUAUGAAGCUUGUGGAGAUAAUAGUGUAUUGGCAUACACAUACACAAACAACAGUUUGGCAAUAAAAUAACCUGCAUGCAGUUUUAGGGAACCAAAAAGAAUUGUUAUGUCUAAAUAGCUUUUUUUAAUCACAUGAUUCAAAUUUAAUAAUGUUUUCAUGUUAUUUCUUAAUAAUGUGAUGUUUACUCAGAAAAAGUAAUCUUCAUUUGUUGCAAAUGUUCUGUGGCCAUGUACAUGUAGAUGUUAAUUCAUGUGAGGGUGUCAGUGAUGUAACACAACACAUAACUGAAAACUGAAGCUGACUAAACUGAUAUUGUAAAUAACCAUAAGAAAAAGAAAUACGACCAGUGGGUCUCCCUUUUAUAAUACAACCCAAGUGCCAAGAUGAAAACUUCCUAUCCACAAUAUUAAUUUAGUUUAAAGACCAUGGGGUCAUGUAGUUAUUCUUUCAAAAUGGUAGCAAAGAAGUCACAUAACGUCUGCUGCAUCCAUCCUCUUUCAAUUGUAUCUUUGUAGUACUUCAUUUUUGAACAAAAAUCCCUUCCAUAUAUAAUGUAGCAAAAAAAAACCUUAAAUUUACACCAUUCUGUUUUCACCUUAUUAAAAAAACAAUGUUGAAUGCAUUUCUAAAGUAAGAUGCCUUCUUUUAGGAAAUAAAAUAACUUAGAUCAUAAGAAUUUAAACAUACUGUUUUCAAUUUGUACUGAUUCUGUUGCAUAUUGUACCUUGUUUUCUGAGCAGUGAGAUGUUUGAAGUAGUUUCUUACUCAGGUUUAGUUUCCUUUGAAAAGAGAUUGCUGAAGACUAACUGGAAUUUUAUUAUUUAGAUUUAUUAAGAGAGGUGCAAUGUUUACCACCUAUUAUGAUGAAUGCCAAUUCAUAUCUCUGAAAUCGGAUUUAGAAGGAAUAAUCUAGCAUUCCAAAAUGCUUGCAAUGGUUAAAACACAGCCGUCUGCUCCAUUACAAUCUCUAACUCAGACACUGCAUUAUUUACACUUUGCUUGGAAAAAGCAGAAAAGUGGCUUUUUAAAUGUUUUUUUUUUCAGGACUGUUGACUUGAAGGCAUCAAAAUAAAUAAUUUUUCUUCAUUUA